AUGAAAGAAAAAUCGAUUGAAUUGACAAUUCCUUCUCAACCCAAAAUUUCAGUAAACAGCUCUAGACUUUUUCGAAGAGAGAUUUUCUCGGUAAUACGUAAUUAUCAUCAAGAAACUUUAAGUCAACCGACGAACUUAUUAACAAUUCCAACCAAAUCAAGAGCAGAGGAUCAACAUGAUGUUGUUUUUAAGCAGCAGUUAUCAUUCAAUGGAAUCGCCAAGAGAGAUAUCGCUUCUUUGGGGAAGACACAAGGUCAAUUGAUUAUUCUUGGGUCCGGAUGGGCAGGAUUCAAAUUACUUAAGGAUUUGAGCACCAAGCAUUAUGAGGUAACUGUUAUCUCACCAAGGAAUUACUUUGUCUUUACACCAUUACUCGCAUCAUCAUCUGUGGGCACACUGGAGUUCAGGUGCAUUACCGAGCCUAUUCGGAGGUACUCGCCGAAAAUCAAAUAUUACCAGGCUUAUGCGGAUACCAUAGAUUUAAAGAAACAGGUCAUUCAUUGUACAUCUAACAUUGAGCAUAAAAAACACGAGUUUUCCAUCGAUUACGAUAAGUUGAUUAUAGCAGUCGGAGCAAAGUCAAAUACCUUUGGCAUAAAGGGGGUUGAUGAACAUGCUUUUUUCCUAAAAGACAUCUCCGAUGCCCGCAAAAUACGUUCACGGGUUAUUGAAUGCUUUGAGCAUGCAAGUCAACCGGAUGUGACCAAAAAAGAAGCUACUGAUUUGUUGCACUUUGUAGUUGUGGGUGGAGGUCCUACAGGUAUCGAAUUUAGUGGUGAACUAUAUGACUUUAUCACGGAGGACAUGGCUCGUCUAUAUCCAGGUUUAAUAAACCUAGUUACCAUGACCGUAUACGAUGUUGCACCUCAGAUUCUUGGUUCCUUUGAUGCAUCUCUUCGAGACUUUGCAACCAAAAAGUUCAAGCGUAAAGGCAUUAACAUCUGUACCAAUAGGCAUGUUAUGGAAGUGAAAGAACGUGAAAUCAUCAUAGAGGAAGAGGGAAGCAUACCUUAUGGCAUGUUGGUUUGGUCGACUGGAUUAACUGAGAACCCAUUGAUACAUUCUAUGAGUGAUCAAUUGAUAAAAGACAAAUCAGCGAAAAGGCUUUUGACUGAUGAAUAUCUACGAGUUCUGAGUAAGGAGACCGGCCAGGCACUAGAUAAUGUUUAUGCACUCGGUGAUUGUGCUUCGAUUGAGAACUAUGAUCUUCCCGCCACGGCUCAAGUUGCAAAUCAAAAGGCAAAAUAUUUGAGCAAAGCCUUGUCCAAAAUAGCCCCAGAGAAAGAAUCAAUAACAGGGACCGAACCUUUCAAGUUCAGAAAUUUCGGAAGCAUGGCUUACAUCGGAAAGUAUACAGCUGUUGUUGAUAUGACUCCGGUGAGUGAAAAGGCAAAGGAAGGAGGUAUUUUGGCAUGGCUAUUUUGGAGGUCAUCUUAUUUUACGAUGACUGUAUCUCUUAGGAACAAGAUGCUGAUUCCCAUGUACUGGUAA